AUACCAACUUGUAUGUGUUUGGCAUAUAUUUUAUUCCCUAACCCUUAGACCCACUCAUGGGUUAGUAAGUUGCUUUGCACUUCUUGCAGCCUAUCUUUAAUGGGUUUUAGGUCCACGUUUGCCCAUUUAAAAUUUAUUAAACAGGAUGUCAUUCGUCCAAACACAUUGCAACGUUUGUUGAUAAAGCUAUGGUUGUCUAAUAAAAGUUCACUUUGCCAGGCAAUUUAUGGUGGAUUCAAUGAAUCAAAUUACAAACAACAAUAAUGCAGUCAUAUGAGAAUUCCAGGCCAAAGAAUAAGGGUGAAUUGUCAAAGUUGAGAAUAUAUUUGUAUUUUUUUUUUAAAUCCUUCAUUCUUAUGAACUUUUUCAUUGUAUUCCUAAGUUCAAUGAUUUUUGUAAUGAUGAAACUGCAGUUGUUUACAGGGGUUUCCCGCCAAACUUCUGAGGUGAAUUUAUGUCUGGUGUUUUUUGAAUAUACUUAUCCUUUUUGCAAUAGAGUCGUAGCGAGUCUUCUUAAAGCGUACCUGUGACACCCCAUCCAACUUGGGCAGUGUCACUGAAUUUAAAGCAAGGUACCCUGUUAAUCCUCAACUUUGGGUUGAUGAGUUAUGAUUCUGGAGUAUUAAGG